GUGUGCUCUACAAGGACGUGGUGGUAGGCGUUCCUAAGGAGACCUUACAGAAUGAGCGACGCGUGGCGUUGUCGCCUGCUGGGGUGCAGGCGUUGGUCAAACAGGGCUUCAAGGUGCAGGUGGAGAGUGGAGCUGGAGAGGAAUCCAAGUUCUCCGACCAACAGUAUAAAGAGGCUGGAGCCACCAUCACUGACGUCAACGGAGCCUUAAGCUCAGACCUGGUCCUCAAGGUCCGAGCCCCCAGUCUGAGCGAGGUGGACCUCCUAAGGCCCAAGAGCACCUUGGUGAGCUUCAUCUAUCCAGCGCAGAACUCAGAGCUGAUGGCAAAGUUGUCGGAGCGACAGAGCACCGUGCUGGCCAUGGACCAGGUGCCCAGAGUCACCAUCGCACAGGGCUACGACGCACUCAGCUCCAUGGCAAACAUCGCAGGGUACAAAGCUGUGGUUCUGGCUGCCAACAACUUUGGCCGGUUCUUUACUGGUCAGAUCACAGCUGCAGGAAAAGUGCCUCCGGCUAAGGUCCUGGUCAUCGGAGGUGGAGUGGCUGGUUUAGCUGCAGCAGGUGCAGCCAAGUCGAUGGGAGCCAUAGUGAGAGGAUUUGACACCAG